CCGUGUUUUUGUGUGUUUUGCUUUUUUUUUUUUUUUUUUGUGCGCUUUUUAUUUUUGUUGUUGAUUUUUUCCUUCCUCUUCCAGAGACUCGAGCGAGUUCGCUGGACAGGAGAGACAAAAAAUAAUAAUAAUAAUAACAAUAACACACGCACACGUUUUUGUAAAGGGAAUCCCUCUUUUUCUCCUGGAUUUGUGGAUGCACCGAUGAGAGAUCCAGCCUUCCCAGGGACUGCCAUGGCUUACCACCCCUUCCACGCACCCCGGCCGGCCGACUUCCCCAUGUCCGCCUUCCUCGCAGCCGCCCAGCCUUCCUUUUUCCCCGCUCUGGCUCUGCCUCCGGCGGCGCUGGCUAAGCCCAUGCCGGACCCCGGGCUGGCCGGGGCGGCCGAGGCCGGGCUGCACGUCUCGGCCCUGGGACACCACCACCAGGCAGCCCAUCUGCGCUCGCUCAAGAGCCUGGAGCCCGAGGAGGAGGUAGAGGACGACCCCAAAGUGACGCUGGAAGCCAAAGAGCUUUGGGACCAGUUUCACAAGCUGGGCACCGAGAUGGUGAUCACCAAGUCGGGAAGGAGGAUGUUCCCCCCGUUCAAGGUGCGGGUGAGCGGCCUGGACAAGAAGGCCAAGUACAUUUUGCUCAUGGAUAUAGUUGCGGCCGACGACUGCCGGUACAAGUUCCACAACUCCCGCUGGAUGGUGGCCGGCAAGGCCGACCCGGAGAUGCCCAAGCGCAUGUACAUCCACCCCGACAGCCCGGCCACCGGCGAGCAGUGGAUGGCCAAGCCCGUCGCCUUUCACAAGCUCAAGCUCACCAACAACAUCUCGGACAAGCACGGCUUUACCAUCCUGAACUCCAUGCACAAGUACCAGCCCCGGUUCCACAUCGUGCGGGCCAACGACAUCCUCAAGCUGCCCUACAGCACCUUCCGCACCUACGUGUUCCCCGAGACCGACUUCAUCGCCGUCACCGCCUACCAGAACGAUAAGAUCACCCAGCUGAAAAUCGAUAACAACCCCUUCGCCAAGGGCUUUCGGGACACGGGCAAUGGCCGGCGAGAGAAGAGGAAGCAGCUCUCGCUGCCGUCCCUGCGGAUGUACGAGGAGCCCUGCAAGCCCGACCGCGACGGCGGCGAGUCGGACGCCUCCUCCUGCGAGCCGUCGGCGGUGCGAGACGCCCUGCACUCCCCCGUGGGAGCCCUCCCCAGCCCCCUGCGCCUCAAGGGCAGCGGCAGAGAGGAGAAACCGGGGGCCGACAGUGAUGCGGAGGUGGAGAAGGCACCUGAGGAGCGGCCGGUGGCCGCCAGCCCAGGCGGGGAGGACGCAACACCCCGCGGCAGCCCGCGGUGCCCGGACGAGCGGAGCAAGGAGAGGCGAAGCCCGGAGAAGGCCAAGGACGGCACGUCCCCGAGGGAGGGCCCCGGCGAGGGCCUGUUUGGUGCACGGGGCCUGGAGAAGGACAAGGUGGAAGGGCGGAGGAAAGAGCCGGAGCCGGGCAAGAAGGACGCGGAGGGUGGCGGGCUGGGCAAGGAGGCCUUUGCCCCGCUGAUGGUGCACACGGACAGCCCCCCGCACCUGAGCGCUGGGCACCUGCAGAGCCUCGCGCUCUCCGGCCUCCACGGGCAGCAGUUCUUCAGCCCCCUGGGCGCGGGGCAGCCCCUCUUCAUCCACCCAGGACAGUUCGCCAUGGCCCCCGGUGCCUUCUCGGCCAUGGGCAUGGGACAUUUGCUGGCCUCGGUGACCGGCGGGGGCAGCCUAGAGAACGGAGCCCUCUCGUCCGCCCCGGGCACGGCGGGGACGGCCACCCCCUUCCCUUUCCACCUCUCCCAGCACAUGCUGGCCUCUCAGGGAAUCCCGAUGCCCACCUUCGGCGGACUCUUCCCCUACCCCUACACCUACAUGGCGGCAGCAGCGGCGGCCGCCUCGGCCAUGCCGGCCACCAGCGCCGCGGCCGCCGGGCCGCUCUCCCGCAACCCUUUCCUGGGCAGCAGCCGGCCCCGCCUGCGCUUCAGCCCCUACCAGCUCCCGGUCACCAUCCCGCCCAGCACCAACCUGCUCACCACCGGCCUCCCCACCAGCCUCAACCCCGGCUCCGAGGGCUCCAAGGCGGGCAGCAGCCGGGAAUCCAGCCCCCUCCCCGACAUGCCCCUGCACAAGGGGAGCAGCCAGCGACCCACCGCCUCCCCCAAGGGCUCCCUGAAGGAAUCCCUCAAUGAACUGCAGAACAUCCAGAGACUGGUGAGCGGGCUGGAGAGCCAGCGGGAGCUGUCGCCCGGCAGGGAGUCCCCCAAGUGACCGACGGGGCGGGCAACGAGCCUGCCCCCCGCGGGGCUGAGAAGCACUGGUAUUUUGUACAGCACAGUAUAAAUAUUUAUUAAAGAGCAGGGGGUGGGGGCGGCUGGGGUGAGGGGUGCUGGAGCAGGGGGGAAGGAGCCCUGCGGGCGACAUGGCCCUGCCGCCGAGGAGCCAGGAGCAAGAGAGGGAGCGUGGGGCUCACCCACCCCCUUGGGUGAGGGUCUGGGAGUUGUUCCCCCCUCUCCCGGUUGCCCCCCGUUCCCCUGAGCUCCCCCGAGAGGGGCACGGGGCGGCUCUCCGGGGGACGAGCUGAUGCGGUGGCACCCGACGGGUGGCAAUGGAUGGGGUGAGCCUGUGAGCCCCACAGGAGGCGAGUGGGGCCGAAACCUCAUCUGUGCAAGGGGGGGUGGAGGGAGGGAGGAAAAAUUGAUUCAAAAAAAAAAAAAAAAAAAAAAAAGAAUUAAGGAAGGAAACACGGGAAACAAGCCGUCUCGGCAGCCGCCGCAGAGCUGCGCAGUCACCGCCACGCAGAGCUGGUACCGGCCGGGGGGGAGCCCCGCGGGUACCAGGGCAGAUAUUUAUGAAAUAAAUGGUAAUUUGUGUAAAUAAGCUAUAAGGAUCCCAGAAUAUGCAAAUUGGUAUUAAUUUAUUCAGAGUUGUACAUUGGUGUGUACAUAAUAUUUAGAGUUUAACUCAUCGCAUUUAAGUUUUUUUUUUUUUUUCAUUUUACAUGAACAUAUAUAUUGUAAAUGAAAACUAUUUAGCUCUUUGUGAUUGAAGGAGAUAUUGGUUUCUUUAACUGUGUUUUAAAAUAUUGUUUAUCCCGCCUGUUCUCUAGGACAAUCAUGUGCCACCGGUAGAACAAUUUUUGGAAAGCGAGAGUUCAAUUCUUUAACAGACUUCUGCAAGAAAAAAAAAAAAAAAAAAAAGAAAAUAAUAAUAAUAAUAAAAAACUAAAAAACGUACGAAUCCAAAAUGUACUAAAAUCUCUCUCUACAGUGCGGGGUAUAGAGAAUGCAGGAAUAAACCUCAGGUUUUUAUUUUUCACUCCAGAACAAAAAUAAAAAAGUAUAAUAAAUUUAAAUAUCACAGGACUGUGCUCUAUAUUUGUUUUAAAAUAAAAAGAUACAUGAUUUGAAACGUGCUGGUUACUCGGGUGUCUGUCUGUUCAGUUUUGAUGAAUUCUCUCACAUCUUUCAAUAAAAAAAAUACUCCGAGAA